GGUCACUCCGCUGCUUUUAUUGAGAGAUGUUCACUUCUCUUGUUGGCGCAGACCGGGCUGUGGAGCGCGUGCGUUCACGUGUGGCCCAAACUCCGCUCUGACUCCGCGCACCAGGGACACGCACCUGCGGCUGAAUGGAAAUCCACGGAGGGACUCGAGCCUCUGCCGCCUCUCUCAGCCGAUUAUUCCACGUCUUGUCGUGGUUUAAGCUGAUUUCACCGGGGAUGUGAAUGCCUCUGUGGGAUUAGACGAGGUUACUGGACCAUGCGCCUUCACUCGUGGCUUUUGUUCACGGCCGGUGCUCCAUCGCACCCCCAGCAGCAGUAGCCGUAUCCCGCUCUCCGGUCUCCUGCCUUCUUCUGCCCGAUGUGGAGAGGAUAAGAUGAAUCCUUGGCUGCGCAGCUUCCAUCCUCUCCUCUUGUGUUUCUUGCUGGUGGUCGCUUUGUGCACUCGAGUCCCCAGACCCGGUGAAAACGUGUGUCGGUCUUCAAACCUCACUUCUUGUACUGAAUGCCUCAAACGUGGACCACAGUGCGCCUGGUGCUUCAAGGAGAACUUUUUAGAAGGGGCGGCAUCCAACUAUCGCUGUGAUCUGGCUGAAAACCUGCUUUUGAAAGGCUGUGAAUCUGAGUUUCUGGAGCAGACAGAGACCAAAGUAGAAGUGGACACCACCAUCAGCAGUACACAAGUGUCACCUCAAGACAUCAGCGUCCAUCUGGGCCCAGGCUCACAGGCCAGCGUCGUUGUGGCUGUGAAGCAGCUUGAGCGCUACCCUGUAGAUCUUUACUCUCUGGUGGAUGUGUCAGCAUCAAUGCAGGAAAACCUGGAUCAUUUGAAAACAGUCGGUGUAGCUCUUUCUCUUCGGAUGACGCAGCACUCUUCAGACCUUUGGCUCGGCUUUGGCUCAUUUGUAGAUAAACCAGUCUCCCCUUACAUCAGCGUUCAUCCCUCUAAAAUAAAUAACCCCUGCAGUGAUUAUGAGGUCCGCUGUCGGCCGGCUCACGGCUUCCACCACGUUCUAAGCAUGACCGGAAAUAUGAGUGAAUUCACACGUGUGAUCAAACGGCAGCGCAUCUCUGGCAACAUGGACACGCCAGAAGGAGGACUGGAUGCAAUGCUACAAGCUGUUGUCUGUCAGAAAGCUGUGGGCUGGCGACCUGAAGCAAAGCGUUUGCUGCUGUUUAUGACGGACCAACCCUCACACCUGGCUCUGGACAGCAGGCUGGCCGGGAUAGUGAUACCAAAUGAUGGACUGUGUCAUCUCGAGGACAACAUCUACACCGCAAGUACAGUAAUGGACCACCCCAGUUUGGGCCAGCUGUCCGACAAGCUGCUUGAAAAUCACAUUUAUUCUAUAUUUGCUGUGGAGAAGCAGCAAUAUCAGUGGUACGAGAAAUUGGUACGCUUGCUGCCAGCGACGUAUCUGCGAAAGCUGGGACUAUUUCAGGCUUCCAGUCUCAUAGAGUUGGUGGUGGAAGCAUAUAAGGAGCUGCUGUCAGAGGUCGCGGUGGCAGUGUCCUUUGACGACAGAGCGUCCAGCAGGUUCUGGGUGUCUGUGGCUCCCCUCUGUCCCAACGGCUCCACUGCAAACCAACGGAGCUGCUCUGGAGUGCAGCCAGGCCAGACGGUUUACUUUAACAUCACUGUUGGAAUGCGCAGCUGCCCCGACAAUGGUGAAGAUGAAGACAUAUCAGUGACAGUUCGCCCUGUGGGUUACAAUGAGUCCAGUGUGAUAAGGAUCCACUCCAAGUGUGGCUGCCGCUGUGAAUCGGCCGGACUCUGCCAUAACAGUGGUCAGGCCUGUGAAGAAACAGGCCAGGAACAGAGGGACUCAAGCCUGAACCAGAGCUGCCAAUCUGCCGGGUCAGACCUGAUGUGCAGCGGGCGAGGAGUUUGUGAAUGUGGGAGAUGUGUGUGCGACCAGAACCGACUGGGCACCAUCUACGGGAAGUACUGUGAGAAAGACGACUUCUCAUGCCCGUACUUCAGAGGCCUGAUGUGUGGAGGGCAUGGUGACUGUGUACUUGGUGAGUGUGUGUGUAAAAAUGAAUGGACAGGCGAGAGCUGUGAAUGCCCUGCUUCCUCCACAAGUUGCCAAUCAGCCGACGGUUUGCUGUGUAGUGGCCACGGCGAGUGCGUUUGUGGCAGGUGUGUGUGCAGCGACUCCAGGCGCUCUGGAAGCUUCUGUGAGAGAUGCCCUGCCUGCCAAAGCACCUGUCAGUCAAACAUGAACUGUGUGGUCUGCCAUGUUGCCUACGGCCUUAGUAAAGAAGAAAGAGGCUUCUGCAAUAAGACAUGUACAACAUCAGUCAACUACUCUGACAAUGGUCAAAUAGGGGAUAAGUGGGUCCAGUGCAUGUACGUCAGUAAUAACAACUGUCGCUAUCCAUUUCAAAUAACGACAGAGGUUGGACAGGCUGAGCUCCACAUUAACACAAGGGCAGAGUGUCCCAGCAGUAGUCGGGUGGGAACCUUCCUGAGUGUCUGUGCUCUGACUGUUUUGUGUGGAUUGGUGGUGGUAGCUGUGUCUAGGCUACUGCUUCAGAGAAGGCAUCAACCACCAGGGGGCACUGUUGCAGAUGGCGUCUAUAAUUGCACAGAGAAGGAUCUCUCAUACAUUCCUACAACCAAUGAGAAGACAGUAACCUACAGAAGGGACAGACCACCAGAUCGCCCAGUGGAAAUGAACAUUCAGGUCCCCAAAAUGCCCUUUAAUGACCCCUGGCAUUAAGAUGGAGUCUAAUGAUGUAAUGAUUUCAUAACACACUUACAGACUAGAAAGCACAAAAGCAUCAUAUGUGGCUUUACAUUUAAUGCAUACAUCUGUGGGCAGGAAUUUCAGGGCAUUUAUUUAUGAAUCAUUUUAGAACGGCCAAAGCCUCUCUUUAGCUUAGUCUGCCCCCAUGUGGCUGCUUCAGAGAAGUACACUGUUUUAAAACACCUCCCAUACUUCAUUGACCUCUGAGUAGCUUAAAAACUGACGGUAUACAUUUGGGCAGCAUUGUAGUUUUGAUUAUGCUAUCUUGUACUGUAUUUCUUUAAUCGACUUAGCUCAGCACAAUUAUUUUUCUUUUUUUCUUUUAUUUUUUGUGGAUUUUAGUUUUGUUGGUUAGACUUGCACUUGAACAAUGAUUGCAUUGUACUACUGGGUACUGGGUGUUACACGGACAAACGUUUUAUGGGCAUUAGACAGUCAAACACUGGAAGUUUUAAAAAGUGAAUAUGGACAGUAUAAGACAUCUCAGAACUCUUCACAUCUAAAAUGCUGCUAACGUGUGCACUAAAGCCAUACACAGGCUUGUUAGAGACAUUUUUGGUAUACUUUUUUGAACUUUUAUUGUUUACAGCAAUAAUGAGUAAUUUAUAGCUAUUGUGAUUGCUCUUGUUAAGUGAUAAACACUAAUUAUUUAUUUUUUAUAUUUCUUUUGUUAGUCCAAGAAACAGCUUGAGUUACAUUAUAAGUUGCCUGUUAUUGUAGCCUACUUUAAUCAUAACAAUCCAGCAAUAAUCAUCUCAUCUGGUAGGCUUGAAUUCCAACGACUCAUUCCAAUAAAGCAAGAUUUUUACAUG